AUGAGAAAUGGCUCAAUCCGUUACAUAUCAAUGGAAAAUUGGAUGGCCUAUACAGGCCCAGUUGUUGUUCAUUCGACACCAGGAGUUAACAUUAUAGCUGCAUCAAAUGGAUCAGGCAAAAGCGCUAUAGUCUGUGCAAUCGCACUAUCAUUGGGUUUUGAUUUAUCAAUUUUGUCAAGAGCUGAUAAUAUUAGUUCAUUCGUUAAAAGAGGCUGUAUGAACUCUACACUUAAGGUUGGAUUAGCCGAUGGUGAUUCUAGUCAAGGAGUAGUUCAUAUAGAGAGAAGGAUAUUUUUGGCUGCAAAUUUACCAAAUGAGCAUUCUGAAUCUAAUAAAGCCAAUUCGUCUAAUCAGAAUAGUGGACACAAACAAAAGAUUCCUGUUCGAAAUGAAUGGUUCCUGAAUGGGAAACCAACUAAUUUAAGCAAUAUAAAAUCACUUCACAAGAGAUUGAAUAUACAAUUGGAUAAUUUAGUUACAUUCCUGGCACAAGCCAAUGUAGGUAAAUUUGCAGCCAUGACACAACAACAGCUAUUCAGAUCAACAUUAGAAGCAAUCGACUUUAAAUUGGUAGAUGAGCUCGACAAUUUAAUAGACUUAUCUCAAAACCUAAAGUCAAAAGUGUUUGAAUCUAAACUACUGCAGGAGAGUCUAAAUGCCUGUAACAAGAAGUUAUCUGAGCUCAAAAUUAUUAGCGACACGCUCAUAAAGGUUAAGGAUGCAACUUUGUAUAUGAAUAUUGUAAAGUUGAAACUUAAUCAAAAUAAGCUGAGUAACGUAAAAAAGGCAUAUGAAACGACUCGAAAAAGAAUUGGAGAUACAAACAAUGACAUAUACUCGCAUGAAAUUAAGCACAAGAAACUUGAGGCUAAGUAUAACAAGAUUAAGAGUGGGUCGAAAAGUCUCUAUGAUCUAGCCAAGAAUAAUAUUGAACACGCCAAUAAGAUAAUGCAACAGGAUAAUCCAAGUUGUAUAUCAAACAGUAUGAAUGAUAGUGGACUUAACGAGCCAGUUCAAAAGGCAUUUUACGACUCCUUGUCAAUGUUAAAUUCAUUUUCAAAUGACAUCCAAAGAAAAGAAUCGAGAAUGCAAAUAUCAGAAGAGGGUGAACAAACCUUAAGAGAAAAAAUCCAAUCACUGACUGAAGAUAUAAACUCAUUAAAAUCGAAAUUGUCUGAUGUUGAUGAAAUAGUAAGCGCAAUAGCUACGAACAAGAUAAAGGAAGAUUCAAUUCGCUAUAAUCUAAAGAAAUUCACAUCGAAUUCUUACGAUGACCCAAUGAAAUUACAGUUCGAAGCUCUUUUGAAGAAUUUAUCCUACGUGAAGAGAGAUAUGAUCAUGAGAUAUAACAGGUACUGCGAAGCUAAAUCAAUUGAGCCGAAAAAGUUCAUAGUCAACGAUAUCAAGGUUUCAGGAGUCUUAAACUGCUCAAUAGUAGAGAAUCUAAUAUGGAAUUACCUGGACUGUAUACUGUUACACAGUUCUGAAUUUGACGAUAAUCUCAAGCUAAUCAAAGAUUUUAAACUGCCAACUGUCACUGCUCCAGAAAGAAAUAAUGUUAUGUGUAAAGUAACAGACAAAAUGAAGUCAUAUGGAGUAAUGAGUUUUGUUCACGAAUUAGUAACAGCAUCUGAUCUUACAAUACAAGUCUUAUCAAGCCUAUGUGAUAUAAACGAAGCGUUUAUAGUUGAUGAAAAGACUUAUAAUAAGAUAUUCUUCUCCAAUAAAAACAAAUCGAAUCCAGAAAACCUUUUCUCUGAAUUUUACAAGACAAUGUUACAAGAGAUAUCCAAUCAAAUAGGUGAAAGAGUUUCUGAAAUCAAGUAUUUCGUUGGGAAUAAAAAACAUGUCCACAAACAUUUCUAUAAAUCCAACUAUUUUAUGGACACGGAAAUGGAAAUUUCUAAUAAACCUAAAGUGAUUGUGGACUUUUCAAACUUUGGAAAAGAUUCAAGAAAUGAAGAAAUGAUGGCGCUUGAAAAUGAACUGGAUGAGGUAAGAAGUAAGUUAUAUGACCUGAAUAAGAAACUGAAUGAACAAAACGAGCUCAAUAAAAAUACAAAUAGAAAAUUAUACACAUUGACGAAACAAAAAUUAACUCUAGAGAAAUCAUUGAAUGCUAUAACAGCAAAUGAUAACCAGAAGAUUUCUGGAAGAAGCUGGAAGCACGAUUUAAACAAGUUGAAAAAGAGUAGACUGAAACACAUCUCCAACUCUAUAGUCGACACAGCAAAAACAUUGAUGAUAAGAAUACAAAAUGCCUCUGAAAUGAAGAAUAUUCUGAUAGAGGCAAAUGAAUCGUAUGACGAAUACUGUUCAAAGGUAGUGGAAAUUGAUGAGAUGAGUAACAACGUGACAAUUUCAAAGAACCAACUUGAUGAACUUAAAUCAAGCCUAACUCUACUACAAAACACAUUUAAAGAACAGAAAGAGAGAAUAGAUUUGUAUACCAAUGUAAUAAAUGAUGUGAAACAAGCAAUUAAUGAUAGUGAACAGCUAUUUGAGUCUGAUUUGUUUGAAGAGAGUACAAAUAACUUUAAUGAAGUAAAGAAACGAUUUGAAAACAAGUUAAUUAAUUUAUCGGAUUCUGAUCUAGAGAAGGAGCUUAUAAAGGCUGAAGAACAGGUCAAGAAAUUGGAAACAGAUGAUUUUGAGGAAAUUCAACUUAUUAAAAUGAUCCAAGAUGAAAGAACACAGAAGGAUAAGCUUAAACAGAAAAUUUAUGAUAAUAGAACUGAAGUUAAUACAGCCACUGAAGAAUUGAAUAAAAGAUAUGGAAUUUGGGAGUCAAAUGUUAAACAAUUAGUUACAGAAAUUGAUUACAAGUUUGGAAAAUAUAUGGAAUACAUUGGAGAUGGAUCGGGAGGUCAAGUAAGAUUAGAUGUAGAUAUUGAUAAUAUACAAGAAGCCAAGAUGAGAAUAUUAGUCAAGUUUGAUAGAGAAAAGGACCUACUGCCUCUAACAACAUCAUAUCAAUCUGGAGGAGAACGUGGAGUAACAACAAUGGUAUACAUACUUUCAGUUCAGAAUCUUACAAAUAACCCUUUCUUCGUUAUUGAUGAAAUAAAUCAAGGACUCGAUUCACAUUAUGAAAGAAAUUUAAUGAAACUAUUACUGGCAUCGAAUAAUUGUGAAGAAGAUUCACAGAACCCAUCAACACCUCAAUAUUUCAUUUUAACACCCCAACUAAUUUCAGGAUAUGACCUUUCAAAGGCAACACUUCAUUUUCCACUAAAUGGACCAGGAAUUGAACAAAAUAUUGAAAUAUAA